AUCCCAGCUUCAUUUUCCCAACUGGAUCUCCAAUGCCGCCGUAGCUUUUCCUCGAACUCCGCGGAGACAACCAGACAAGCAACAACCAGAAAGUCUACUCCGCAUCCACGCCCAACCUUCCCUCCUCCUCCGCCGCUUACACCUCGUCGCCGACGCCGCUCGCCGCCAUGAUGAAGGAUAAGAUGAAGGAUUUCAUGAAGAAGGUCACCUCCUCCUCCGCCCCAUCCUUCAAGGGCCCCUCUCACGUCCUCGGCUCCGCUCCCGCCCCUUCCGCAUCCUCCUCCACCUCCUCCUCUCGCCCCUCAAACCCUAACCCCAGACCACCCCCCAAGCAGCAACCCCCGCACCUGGCCGGGCCCUCCGAUUUCACUCCCUUCACCCCCAUCGUCUCCUCCUCCUCCCGCCGCCCCGAUUCAAACGGCGGCGAAACCGUCGCGUGCCCCAACUGUGCCGAUGCGUUCUCCUCCGAGUUCGCUGUCUCCGAGCACCUCGACGGCUGCCUCGCGGCUGCCGGCGGCGCCCGCGUGCGCGCGGCCGCGUACCUCGCCAGCGAUCCACCCGCGGCCGCCGUGGAGGUGGUGAAGAAGCUCCUCGGGAAUCUGCUCAAGGAACCCGGAAACGACAAGUAUAGGAGGGUCAGGCUCGGGAACCCUAGGAUCAAGGAGGCCGUGGCGGACAGGGAGGGCGGGCUGGAGCUCCUGGAGGCGGUGGGGUUCACCAUCGGGGAUGAGAGCGGGGAGCUGUUCGCCGUGAUGGACGAGGUGCCUCAGGACGCCAGGCUUGGGGGCAUCAGGCAGGCUGUGUUCCUGCUCGAGAGGUCACAUCCUUCCACGCCGUUGCAGACACAGGUGGAGGCAGAGCCCAAGAAGAGCUGUAGCAAUGGAGUUGACGAGCAAAGGGGGGUUAAGAAGAUUGUUGAUCGGCAGAUUCGGGUAUUCUUCAACGUUCCUGGAAUUCCUGUUGCAGAAAAUGAUAUACCAGAUUCUUUCUACAAACUUAGUAGCCAGGAGGUAAGUAAUGAAGCAAAGAUGAGGAGAGAAAGGCUAGAACAAUCUCGGUUGCUAAUUCCAAAGUCAUAUAAGGAGAAGCAGGCUCUGGCUGCUCGACAGAAGUAUAAACAAGCAGUUAUCAGAGUUCAGUUUCCUGAUGGAGUAAUUCUCCAGGGUGUAUUCCUCCCCGCAGAGGCUACUGGUUCAUUAUAUGAGUUUGUCGCGUCCGCCUUGAAGCAGCCAAGUUUGGAAUUUGAUCUGAUCUGUCCAGCUGUUCCCAAGUCUCGCGUGCUACCUCAUUACCCAAAUACUGGAGAGAGAGCACGCACGCUGCAAGACGAAGGGCUAGUCCCUGCUGCUCUUCUCAAAUUCAAGCCCAAUGAGACUGAUUCGGUUGUUUUCACCGGUUUGCUUGACAAGCUUCUGGAGGCCAGUGAACCAUUUACAUCUGCAUCCUCUUGAUUGUUGGACGGAUGACAUCCAUCCCUCCCUCAGACUUCUGUUACACUGGACUUCACAUUGUUGUAACUCACAGGGAUAUGAAAAUUGAAUGCCUGAUAGGUUGGUAGGCUGAUACAUAAAAUAUAUUGUUUGGCAAUUGUCGUACCUGUGUAUGCUAAAACAAAUAAUUCUUCAGUCCCACCGUCAACUGAAUCUGAGCGCUAAGUGAGCUCUGCAGUGUGUACGAUACAUUAACAUUUCAUGUUCUGCUUUUGAUUUGAGAAUAAUCGUUAACCAAUAUCCCGCUA